AUGUUGAGAACAGGAACGAACAAUUACCCGACUUAUUCGGGGAUGAACAAGGCAAAUGGAUCACACUUACACUUUUCACGAUUAUGUCUAGGCGGUGAGAUUGUUCAAGUGCCGACCGUCAUUGUGGAACAGGAAACCAUGUUUCGGGCUGUAAUAACCAAACAUGCAUUUCGAAGUCUUUGCACCGACACACAAAAUUACCUGAAGCGUUUCCUGCCUAAGUAUGAAGGAUCAGAUAAAGAUGAAGUGAAAAUCCUGGAUAUGAUCUUCACAGCAGAUCCAAAUUUGUAUUUCGGAAAUCCGUUGGGAAAACUGCAUUCAAAGAUUCGCUGUGGUUGGUUUAAUCCAGAAAGACCAUCAGAUCAAGUGCAACUGCGUGAUAAUCGCAGGGUUCUAUAUGACCAUUAUAUACGUCAUUAUUAUAUGACUAUUUUAAAAUCACUUCUUAUUUCCCGAAAUAGAGAAUUCGUGAGGUACACCAAUUCAAGUGCGUUUGAAGAACCCACAGCGAGGAGAGUGCUUACCCGAGGUUUUUUUCGUAAAUCGAAAAUAUCAAAAAGAAUUAAGUGGCGUACUGCAGCUCGGUUGAGAUUAAUACUAGAUCGGGUGCGAGAAGAGGUUGGAGAAAAAGCAGGCUUCUCUUCAGAUGAAGAAGAAUUUGGUGAUUUAAAUAGGAUUCCAAUGGCUCGUGCUGGACAGAGCACUCUUUUUUCUCCUGAUUUUGUUGAUUAUGAUCUGCAUCAGCCAGUUUACAUGGAUGAUGUCAAACGGAUGCUGAAAGAUUAUAAAAAUCUAAAAGAGCAAGAACCUGAUUCACCUUCUUUGGACAUUUCGGACAUUGGCAUUGAAAACGUUUAUGAAAGAGCCGGCGUUGCAUGUAUCGCCGAAAGGAAUUUGUCGGCCGAAGUUUCGGAAGCGAUGAAAAUGCCAUUUAAGUCUAUGAAAUAA